UCGGUGCUAACCAUUAACAGCUAACAUUAGCAAAGCAAAUCCUCUUAGCUGGCGAUAGCUUGCUGCACUAACAUCAGCCACACAUUUAUUUUAAGAUAUUAACAUAAUUUACAGGCAACUUUCGGAACAAACAAGAUGCAUAUUUCGUGUAGCAGGAUUAUUUUACCGAGAGAUGUGCUUUUGGGGGAAUUAUACGAUGCUAUUCGUGCCUUGUUGAUGUUUUACCUGUCACGCUAGUUAGCUUAAUUUCAGACGUAGCUUCCUCUUUAGCAUUAAAGAUUGGAAACAGCGUUAGCAUCUGAAUCCAGAGAGCUAUCCAGUUUUGGGGGGGUUUUUUGGUGGACGCUACGGGUUUUUAUCUGUGUGCUAAUGUUGGAGAAAAUGUCAGACCUCCCUCCAAGCUGUUCGCAGAGAGUCCUGGAAGCGGAGGCAAGAAUGAAAGACGAGGGCUUGAGCCUGUAAAACGCAGGAGAAUGAUUUCACGAUACAACAGGAGACCGGUAUCGCACAAACUUGAGAUUCGUGGGUUGUCUCGAAGCAGCCUCGACCACCACCCUCUCCCGGAAGAAGCAGAUGAUAACCAAACCCCUCAGCGCUACCUCCACGACCUGCAGGAAACUGUCUCUGCACACAACAGCUCAGAGACGUCUGCUGCCUCGGGCCACUCUGACUGUCCCACCGUCAUCUCAGUCGACUCCAACCAGUCCUGGUCAGGUAUCCACAGCUCCACAGGUACUGGCAUCUCCACCGAGAGGAGCUCUGUUUUCUCCUGGGGCUACGAUGAGUUCGACAAGGCAGCGUCACGGCAGGUGCAGCAAAUGUUUGAGGAGAUCGACAAAGAGCUGUAUGAGGGGAGAGACGGCAGGGGAGGGAUACUCCAGGGGCUGCAGGAUGAAUGUCAGCAGUGGGCCACACGUUUCCCACAUCUUCGGAUCCUGGGGACUCAGCUGCUGUGUCCCAGUGACGAGGGCUUCCAGUGGUAUGCUACCUCAGGGAAAGGCAGCUCUGCAAGCAGCCCAUCAAUAGGCAAAGAAGGCAGUGUGAAGUCCCAGGAGAAAGAUAAGGGCUGCACAGAGUUGAAUGUGCAGGGCAGGAGAGUGCCGCUGAUCAAGUCCUCAUCAGGCGACUUGGAUGAACCUCCGUGUGCCUCCAGCAGCCACGACAAGCCGAGGGUGAUUGAAGUAGAAGGACUGAUGGAGGAAUAUCUGGCUUUUGAUAGCAGGGACUUGGAUGACGACUGGGACCAGGACUGUUCGGAGUCGGUGCGGCGGCAUCACUGCCUGCCCCCCGUCUCACCGUACCGAUGUCGCCGCCAAGCUGUUCUCGACCUGCUGUUUGAUGAUGUGUGGCGGCAGCUGGUUGGCUGCAUGAAAGAGCUGGUCCAACGCCACUGGGAGUGCUGCACCUCACAUGAUGACAAAAUUACUGGGAACUUGAGCCCCCUGCCGCAGGACUCCCAGAAUCCCUUUAUGCUGCUGUCCACGCUGCCCAUGAUGCUGCCCAAACUUGGCCAGAGCCGGGUUCCUCCGCUCACAGCUGGCCUGCAGUUCCAGAACACAAAGUCAAGGGGCUCAAAGCACAAGUCCAGACGGAAAUCCAAAAAGCAAAAAAGGCCUUCCAGUGGCGGGAGGGUCCCUGUAGGAGCAGCAGCAACUCAGCACAACCUGAAUGACCUCAUCGUGAUCCAUAGCAUCCCCCUGCAGCAGAGGAACCUGGGUCUGCUGGAGAGAAACCAGGAGCCAGAGGAGCGGGCGUCUCACAGACCAGGCUCCAGCGUCGUCCCCUCCAGCAAACCUCGUCCUCGCCGAGCCCUGGAGCAGAGCUCUUCCUCGCUGUCCCGCCCAGCGCAGUCGGCUCGGCGCAGAAACCCUCCUCCCCGAACCCUCCUGCCGCUGGUCCCUAGCCUGAGUCAGUCCAGCACAGCGGGAUCCAUGGACGAGGUCAUCCGCGGGACACGUCUACCCACAGCCAGCGACCGGCUAACGUCUCCAGUGUUGCCUCUAAGCCGAAACACACUUCUUCCUCCCAUUGGCACCGGGGAUCCAGAAUCGUCUCACUCAGGGCAGCAGUCCAAACCUGCACAGCGUCAGAAAGGCCCGUCCAGCCGAGCCCACAGCGCUAUAAAUGACGAAGCUGGCAGUUCAAUACCGAGAGAUCGCCACCACCUGCUAGAUGUCUUCUCUCGACCCAACACGACUCACACAUACAGGUCGGACACUCCGUACCGUCGUUCCUUCACAGUGUUGGACAACAUCGGGCAGGGGCGUCCAGGCAGAGCCUCUGUGGGCACAGACUCUCUUGGAAUCGGUGUGACUGGCAUCAGCCUUGGCAUCAGUAGCUCAUCUUUCUUGGACUCGUUUUCCCACCACCCCUUGGGGCACUUGCCCAUCAAAGACGAAGAGGAGCCAGACCCACAAGCCCCCGUCCCAGCUCCUCUGGUGACUGUGUCAGUCCCAGCUCGGUCCUACACCCGAGGAGGCAUCUCAUCCAGAGCCAGCAGACCCGGCUUGUAGUUUCCCUCUCAUCUCCACACCUUCCAGCCAUUUAUCUUUAUACUGCACAACAAAGUGCAGCACUCUGCAGCAUCUGUGCCCACUGAACAGUUUUGUUUUACAGAAGUAGCAGAUUUUUUCAUAUUAUGCUGCUUCAGUGAUGUUUUUGUUAAAGUCCUAUUUUUGUAUUUCACAAAUCAGCGCAAGUGGCUGCCAAACAAUGACUAUCAACAGGAACUCCAUCUUCACGUACAGAAUGAGCUGUAUGUAUGUGUAUGUAUGACUUGAAUGUGUAGAUAUCUAUUUAUGUGUGAAUGUACUGUAUAUUCUCCUC